UUCAUAUACCAAGAGUUCAUUUGUCAGUCAGUGCAGUCGAUAAAUUUCUGCAACACAGUCUUCUUAUAAACGCGAAAAAAAAAAUUUUUGCUGCAUUCGUAAACAAUUUUUUGAUCCAAUUCCCCGAAGGAGGAGAUUGCCAUCAGGAUCAUCAGCCAAUGAAGAUUAUUGAUCACUGAUUUUUCGAUCGAAUCGAUCGACGUAAUCGGUCAAAUAAAACUUGAUAUUGAGAAUAUUGGGAGACAUCGAUAAAGAGGAAAUGGCGGUGGUACUUCCGGUGCCCUUCGAAGAGCUCCUGAAACGCGAACCUGAGCUGAAAGAGUCUGAUAUCCAGGCGCUGAGGGAAUGGUGUCUGAAGCAGCCGCAUUUGCCCCAAAUUUCUGACACUGAUUUGGCGGUAUUUUUGCAUAGUAAUUACUAUCGAAUGGAGCCAACGAAGAACACAAUCGAAACUUAUUACACGAUCCGCACUCAUCUGCCAGAAUUUUUCAACAAUCGAGAUCCCUUUGCAGUUAAAGAACUUCGUCAGGCUUUCAAUACUGCAGCUUACAUGCGUCUUGACGGACAAACUCCGGAAGGCUACGAGAUAGCCUUCGGUCGUCUGAUGGAUUUUGAUCCUUCUCACUACGUUUACAACGACUGCAUGAAAUUAUGGAACAUGAUGACUGACUUGUGGAUUCGGGAGAAGGGAACCAUGAAGGGGCACCUGUUCGUCAUGGACAUCGCGGGGGUGACUUUCGGUCAUGCUGGUAGAUUGAGUCCCCUGGGACUCAAGAAGUACCUCACGUUCUUGCAGGAAGGGCUCCCAGUGCGCCUGAAGGGACUUCAUUUCCUCCACUCCAUGCCAGUUAUGGAAGUUAUUCUGGGGAUGAUGAAACCCUUCAUGAAGAAGGAACUACUGGAGAUCCUACAUAUCCACACGACCAACGAUACCGUUGAGAAAUUCUUUCCCACUGAACUUCUGCCGAACGAAUCAGGAGGCAAAGCUGGCCCUAUUGCUGAACUCCAUGCGAAAGGUAUCAAACGACUCGAGGCCAAUCGCGAUUUCUUCCUGGAGGACGAGCAGACAAUGCGAGUGAACGAAGCUUUGCGUCCUGGAAAGCAGAAGACUGUAACUGAUCUCUUCGGAGUUGAGGGAAGCUUUAAAAAGUUGGAUAUAGAUUGGAGGUGUGCGUGUCCUGUUCUCCACCCAAUGACAAUCCUAUUCCUUUUGAAUAGCUCCAUGAUCAGUGUUAAACAUGAGCUCCUGUUGCACAUUUCGCGGAUAGACUGCGAAGAGAAAUCGAAUAUAGGGAGGAAAGUGAAUAAAAAUAUGGCAGUGAUACCUGCUCUGCCCUUCGAAGAGCUCUUGAAGCGUGAACCUGAACUCAAGGAGUCGGAUAUUCAGGCCCUUCGAGAGUGGUGCACAAAGCAGCCCCAUUUGCCGAAAAUAUCGGACACUGAUUUGGCGGUAUUUUUACACAGUAAUUACUAUCGUUUGGAGCCAACGAAGACCACUAUCGAAACGUAUUAUACAAUUAGAUCGCACAUACCCGAGUUCUUCAAUAAUCGAGAUCCCUUUGGAGUGAAGGAACUUCGUCAGGCAUUCAAUACUGCGUGUUAUAUGCAGCUCGAGGGAACAACAGCUGAAGGGUAUCAAAUAGCCUACGGUCGUUUCAUCGAUCUUGACCCUUCGCACUACGUUUACAAUGACUGCAUGAAGUACUGGAACAUGGUGACUGACUUGUGGAUUCGUGAGAAGGGAACCAUGAAGGGCCAUCUUUUCGUCGUUGACAUUGACGGCAUCACCUUCGGUCACGCAGGUCGAUUGAGCCCAAUGGGGUUGAAGAAGUACCUCACGUUUUUGCAGGAAGGGCUUCCGGUUCGUCUCAAGGGACUUCACUUCAUCAAUUCCAUGCCAGUUAUGGAAAUUAUUUUGGGAAUGAUGAAACCGUUCAUGAAGAAGGAAUUGAUGGAAGUCCUUCACAUUCACUCGACCAUCGAGAGCGCAGAAAAAUUUUUUCCAAUGGAGCUCUUGCCAAACGAAUCGGGAGGUAAAGCUGGUCCACUGAUGGAACUCCACGCGAAGAACAUCAAGAGACUCGAGGCAAAUCGCGAUUUCUUUCUGGAGGACGAGGAACUCCACCGAGUCAACGAGUCUGUUCGUCCUGGAAAACAAAAAUCGGCGACUGAUCUCUUCGGAGUUGAGGGGAGCUUCAAGAAACUGGACAUUGACUAAAAUGGCUCGAUCAGGAUCGUGAUGAAUGCAACCGUACAAUACUUGAGUUUGAAUAAAAUUAAUUAUUUCUUCAUGUAUUACACAUAAACAAUGGGAUAUGAAUAAUAAACGAUAAAAUCUUACGUUCA